UGUGUGUGUGUGUGUUUAUAGACCGGUUACAGAGAGACUUCACACGAUUUACACGAUGAGCGAUCGCUGUGUGAUUGUCUGUUGCUUUUCAUCCCGGAACAAGGCGCAUCGGAGGCACUAAGAGCACUCUCACCCCUGGGGGGGAGCUCAGUCGUGUGACGCGGUGUAUCCGGGUUUAGCGUGGCUGGAGACGCGGCUCGGGGACGAUGCAGACGCGUCGCAGCUCGUCGGCGCUGGCCGUGAGCGGCGAGGUGUCGCUUUCUUUUCAGGACGAGCUCGCGGCCACCAUCCACCGAGCCUUCGAGGUGGCGGUGGAGAUCGCGGUGGUGGAGGUGAGCAAGUUGGUGAGUCAGGCGCUGGGGGACGUGCGCGAUCAGAUGCAGGAGACGCUGCGGGAGAACUCGUACCUCAAGACGCGGCUGCAGUCCGCCGAGGUCGAGCUGGACACUGCGAGGAAGGGCAGGAAGAGCAAGACCGAGGAGGAGGAUGAGAAUGAGGAGGAUGAUGAGUGUGGUGGGGGGGUAGAAAGCGAGUUUUGCGACCGACAAGAAAACAAGCCCAAGUGUGAAAGCCUAUGCUCGGGGACAGCAGAAAUCCCAACACCCCAGGAAGCGGAACGGUUGUGCCGAUACGACAGCGGCUCUGAGCGGCCGGACGACUGCUUCUGUGAGAUCCGUGAGGAUGGAAGCGUUCGGUCACGUGACUUGCAUGGCUCAGCAUCCAGUGCAGUGCAGUGCUGUGAUCAGAAGUCAGGACCACCACAUGAGUCCCUUAUUCCAGACAAUCAACAACUGGUGCAACAUAGCCAAGACAUACACGGUGACCAGAGUCCACCAUCUCUUGAGCAGCCAGUCUGCAAGAAAGAGGAGAACCUGGAACCACCGCUGGAAGAUGCUUCUGGAGAAGACAGUGGGGACGAUGAGGUCAAUCUGGAUGAAGAUGAUGAUGAUGACAUUAGGCCGAGCUGCAGCUUUAACUCGGAGCAUGAUGAAGAGUUUGUGCCAGACAGACUUGCUCUGGUUCAGUCUAAACUGUUGGAGGACUGGAGGCCUGACCCGGAGGCACCACAAAUUGAUCAGAAUGAGAAUGCGAAUGCCAGACCCAGUCAUAGUCUUGACGCCCCAGACAUUAUUGCUGCACCUGUUGGUGUUAAUCCCGGCUUUUCAGCCUCCUUUGAUGCUCUGUACCAAUCCGUAGCCAGAACUCACCUUGUCCAUCCUGCCCCUCAAAACGACGAUGUCCAGAUGAGGACAAACGUCCCGACUAGGGUUCACCAGUGUAAAAUCUGCGGCCAUUCCUUUAGCCGGGCCAGCGAUUUGCGCAGACAUCACAGUCACCGACACAGAGUGAGAGCUGCUAACCCGGCUAAAGUAGGAAGUGAAGGGAGACCCGUCAAACAGCAGCUGUUUCCUCCAGGUUGUAGCCCAUAUCACUGCAAUGAAUGCGGCCGAGACUUUAACCGCAUGGAAAACCUAAAGACGCAUUUGCGCAUACACACCGGAGAACGCCCGUACUCUUGUUCUGUUUGUGGAGUACGGUUCCGACACUCAGGUGCACUCACACGCCACUUCCGUAUCCACACGGGCGAGAAGCCGUAUGUGUGCGGCCAGUGCGGGAAGCGUUUCCGGAACUGCGGCGGUCUGCGCUUCCACCAGAAAUCCCACGCCACAGAUAGACACAUGGUUUUAAACUGUGUUUGAAGAAGGUUGUUUUGGAGAUAUUGUACAGUUGUGUAAUUUUUAAGGCUGGCCAGUGUAACCUCAAAUCUGGAUCUUUUUAAACCAUUACCUCAAUGACAAUAUAUAAUCAAGAUUUUUUUACAUUUCAGAUUUUUUUUUUUAAGUAGGUACUCUCAUGUUAAAGAUUUGCUAAAAGAUGAAUAAGUAUUAAUACUUAUGUGGGCUUUUCAUAAAGCGAGAAAUUAAGCAUUUGUUCCAUUGUAACUGGGAUCUGUAGGACGUAAUGGCGUUUGUGUCUUUCCAUACUGAAUGCUAUUAAGAAAUGCGCGUUAGAGACUAGAGGGAAAUCAAGUGAAUGCACUCCAUAUAUCUGGACUUUUAAUCACCUUAUUGUACAUGUAUGUGUUUUAAAUGAAUGAGUUUCGCUUGGUGCUGCCUGCAUUUCUUUUUUUACGCCCAACAGUUUUACAUUAGACACUUUGUCCAAUGUACUGAAACCAAAACCCAAACAUUGCAAUGUUUAGUUAAUAUAUGACAUGUUCAUCUGUGCUUUUGGAAAUGAGGAAACUUUGUUUUUUGAAUGAGAAAAGUGGAAGCAAAUGGGGGGAAAAACAUAAAAUUACAAAGACAAAAGGUCAGUGUGUCUACUUUUCAUUCAUGCCCUGUGUCAGUCAUGUAUAUUUGUAUGUAGUCAUAAGAAGUUUAAAUUGUGAUGUGUUUGGAAAAUGCUCCUGCAUUUCAACUCUCUAGAAAUUUGGAAAAUAAUAUUGUUAAAGUGUAUACAUUUUUCAAGCUUUCACUUUGUUCCCUUGUCAUUGGAACACUUUUUUUUUCUGUUUUUUGUUUUCUUAUGCUAUUUUUUUAACAGAGCCUGGUUAAUGUUAGGUGAUGCCAACAAUAUGUGCAAACGCACGGCAUGGAUAUCUUGAACAUGAACUUCUGUUCAAUAAAUUCAGAAAGCCAUUUUGAA